AUGGCAUUCAUGGACGACACCGUGCGGAUCAACGGGGUGCUGGGUCCCGAGGCCAGCCUGCCCUUCCUGAGCUUGUCGACCAGCGGCGUGCAGGUGCUCAGCCCGCUGCUGGAGCAAAUCGCGGUGGGGCCUACGGACGGCACUGCGGGAGUGGUGGUGCGCAACGCCGCGCCCACGGAAGAUGCCAAGCUGCUCCUCGACGCCAACAACCAGGCGGGCGUGGCGGAGCUCAAGGUGCUGGCCAGUGGCAAUUGCGAGCUCAACGCGCAGUCCCAGUUCAUAAGUUUAAACACCACAACGGUCAUUUUUGGUUCUGGCUUCGUCAACCUCAGCGACCGGGCGCUCAAGGAGAACGUCCGGGCCAUCCCGGAGGAGGAGCUCCAGCAAACCUUCGACGCCGUGGAGCGGCAGCUCUACGACCGAGCAGAUCGGUGGGACAUCGAAGUGCACAAUGUGGCAAAAGCAAGAGGAGGAGAGGCUUCCGUUCUGUGGGCAGAUUUCACGGAAUUGCAGGUCAAGGUGGAGGAGGACCACUUUCCUCUACUUUUGGACUCUGAUGAGCCUGUGCUGGGAUUUGGCUCCGUUUGUCACAGACGGAGCCAAAGCCUACAAGUCCUUGGCUUGAUGGAAGUUUGGAGGACGGUGAUUUGCGUUUGUCUCACACUUGUGUCAAACACAAGCCCCGCACCCAGAAUUCGCCAAGAGAAUGCGGUGCGUGUCUGGGUGGGCGACCGGUUUGAAGAGCAGGAAAGGGUUGGAGGUUCCGAGAAGGUUGAUGGCUUUUUCGCUGCCUUCCGCAAAGUGGUCGGCAAGCGUCCCUUCCACACAGUUGGCUCUUCAGACGACAGAGGCCCUCGCAUGGAGCAGAUCAUGCGUUUUCACGUCCGUUUGUUCCAGCUGAAGCACUGGUUCGGCGGACAAGACAUGUUUUCG